AGAGUUUGUGGUGUCCCCGUUCCUUUAUUGGGCCUGUUGGUUGGCUAAAGAGACUAUCACCAUGGCGAUAUUGACCAUCAUUGUGCUUGUCAGCACAGCUUUUGCUCUGGGAGAUGCUAUGAUACGACCCUGUGAGGAUGCUAGAGAUGCCGCUAAACAUGGCCCACCUGGAGCCUACGUCCCCACGUGUGACGACAAUGGACAAUACACCCCUGAGCAAUGUUCGGGCUCUACAGGUUACUGUUGGUGUGUGACCAGCUACGGACAGAAGAUCCAGGGUACAGAGACCCCACCAGGCACUGCUAUCAACUGCUAGCAACUGUUCCACCAAGGAGUUCAGCAGAGUCCACAAUCAGAACCAUGCUACUCUGAGGCUGAAGAAUUGUUCCAGGCCACUGACGGAUGAAAGACCCUUUUACUGAAUCUACAUCUUCACAUUUCACUAAAUCAUUGCGUUGUUUGCUUCAUGCAUUCUAUCAUCCUGUAAAAUAAAUGACAUGCUCUUCGUCA